CCUGGCAGGGUCCAGGAUCUCCUUAAAGGAUCCCUGGCCGCUUUAGUGAACCUAGGAGACAGGAGACAGCCCAGCAUCCAGCCUGCCUCUUUCCCCAGGAUGUUCACUAUGACAAAGGCCUUUGAGGAGGUUCUUCUCCAGCACUUCAUUCAGACGAAGCUGGAGAUUGCCUAUGCCAUCAACAAGCCUUUCCCUUUCUUCGAAGCCCUCCGAGACCACUGCUUCAUCACUGAAAAAAUGUACAAGGAAUCUCUGGAAGCCUGUCGGAAUCUGGUCCCUGUAUCUAGAGUGGUGCACAAUGUUCUCACCAGUCUGGAGCGGACUUUCCACCCAUCACUGCUGCUGACAUUGUUCAGCCAAGUCAACCUGCACGAAUACCCCAGCCUGGGGGAAAUUUUCAGAAGCUUCAAAAAUGUUGUUACUGCACAUGAAUGGAAUAAGAGAAGUGCGCAGACCCUACCCAAAGCCCCAGCUGUCCCAGCAGAAGGGCGCUCUGUCCAGACUCUGCUGCCACUGCCGCCACCACAACCAUCUCCACCAAGCCGUCCGUCCUCUGCACCAAGAGUCGGUGAGCUCCCAGCAGCCUCACAGCAAAUCACUGAGAUCCUGGAUGAGCAGCCCAGUCCUUCUCCUCCAGCUGUGCCUCCCGCUGACUUCGUGCAGGAAGGAAAGACCACUCCAGCAUCCUCCGUGGACCCCCAGAGAAAUGAUAAAGAUGACUCUCCAGAGAUGCCCCACAGUCUGCCAGGCCCCAUCCCAGUGGCAAAAAAUGAUUCUCCAGCACCGAAUGACCUGGAAAUGGCCCAGGAAGCAUCCAGCGCUCCUGCAAAGCAGAAAAAGGAUUCUCCAGCUCCGAAUGACCUAGAAAUGGCCCAGGAGUCACCCAGCACUCCUGCAAAGCAGGAAGGAGAUUCUCCAGCACCAGAUGACCUGGGAAUGGCCCAGGAAGCAACCAGCACUCCUGCAAAGAAGAAAGCAAAAAAAAGGAAAAGAGAUAUCUGGUCAACACCCAAAAGAAGACGUCAGAAGAAAAGACCCACACAAGGGGUGGCCUCAUCUGGACAAGGAGUCCAGAAGAAGCUCAAAGUGGUGGAUCAGAGGACUCAGAGGAAGAAUGACUCAACCAGGAACUUGAGGAUGGUGACCAGGUCUCAGAAAAGGACUGGACGUUCCGCUAUCCAGAGCACAGGAUAAGGCUACGGUGGGACCUGCCAUUGGAAAGGCUCAGUAUGGCAGGGUCCCUUAGAGCUGGCACAGGGUGGGGAGAUUCAUGAAUUCAAUAUUAAGAGAGAGAAAGGAUGAGGAUGGAGGUGAGAGGGGGCAAAGAGAAGCAAUGGUUUACUGUGGCUGAGGAGUUUUUGUUAAAGAAACAUAACCACAGACCAUAAGAUCAUAGCCACAGGUCAUCACAGCUGAGACCUAAGGCAGAGAAAGGGUGUCUAUCCUUUAGAUUUUACAACAUUAAAUAUAAGAACUUCAAAAAGUCCGUGUCUAUGUUGUUUAUGUCUACCUAUUUGUACAUUGUUCAUAGCUAAAACCAAUAAUUAAAAAUUUUUUACUUAAA